AGAAGUGACCAGUGCCAUCCUCAUCUCAGUGCACCUCCAUCCCUCAUCGUGUUCACUUCUCCCUCCCUCCAUCGUCUGUGUGUCCUCCUCCUCCUCCACCUCUUCCUCCUCUCCGACACUUCACUUCACUCCGCCUCCCUCACACUCAUCCACUCCCCCAACGUCACAAUGGGGCGGAGGUUCAAGCGGCUGGUGGAGGUGAUGGAGAAGCCGUCCCUGUUCGGCAUCCUUCGGCAACAGCAGGCGGAGUGGCGGCCGUCGAAGGAGGCGGUGAGGGAGGCGCGCAGCAUGAUCUUCACCGAAAAGGACUACGCCGAGACCAGAUGCGGCAUCGGCUCGUUCUCGCCCAAUUGGCUGCAGGUGUUGGCACGGAAGGAGGCUUACCUGGCGGUGUUCUGCCUGGUGGGGCUUGUCCAGGGCAUGUUCUUCACCUACACCGUCUCCGUCAUCUCCACCCUCGAGAAGCGGUUCAAGCUCACCAGCAAGCAGACCGGCGCUAUACUCUGCGGGAACGACAUAUCACAGGUCAUUCUCGCCAUCUUUCUCGGCUACUACGGCAACUUCGGACACAGACCUCGCUUGGUGGGCGUGGGGGUGUUGUUUGCCGCCGCCAGUUGCUUCCUUGCCGCCCUGCCUCACCUCAUCUACGGGCCCGGCCAAGACGCCCUCGACAUUGUGGCUGCCAUGAAUGCCUAUCGCGACGACCCACUCGGGAAUGCCUCGCAAGGGUUGAAGAUGAUGGAGGUGUGUCACAGCAUACUGGAAGACUCGUGCAGCGGUGGUGGCGAUGGUGGUAGUGGUGUCCUUGGGGAUGCACUGGGCCAAAAGGGUGGUGGUGGUGGUGUAGCCUACAUAGGACCCAUCAUACUGUUCUUCAUCUCCCAGUUCUUCGUCGGCAUCUCCAUCAGCAACUUCUACAGCAUCGGCAUCACCUACCUCGACGACAACGUGAACAGGAAAACCUACCCGCUGUAUUACUCCGUCACCUUGCUGCUGAGGAUCUUGGGUCCCGUGCUGGGCUACCUGGUGGGGGGCCGCUGCCUCUCCAUGUGGAUAGACCUUCAGGAAGACCCCAACCUGAGCCGCAGGGACCCCCGCUGGCUGGGGGCGUGGUGGCUGGGCUUCGUGUUUCUCGGCUGCGGGUUGACCUUCGUGGGCGUCCUGCUGUUCUUCUUCCCGCGCCGUCUGCCCGCCACGCUGAAGAGAGAGGCGAAGAGGGUGGCGAGGCUGGCGGAGAAAGAGAAGGCCUUGGAAGCGGCGGGCGGCGGAGUGGCGGGAGUGGAAGGGAGUCGAGGUAUAGAGUAUUACGCGACCUUGGCUAAAGUGAAGAAGGCACAGAUGGAUAAACCAACGCUGACCAACCUGCGCGCCGCCUUGGGUCGCCUCUUUAGCAACAGGCUAUGGCUGGGGAACCUCUUCAACACGGUGGUGGUGGUGUUCGCGUUCUCCGGCUAUUGGAACUUCAAGCCUAAGUACCUCGAGAAUCAGUUCAGGAAGAGUGCUGCUGAGGCCAACUACUACACGGGCGUGGUGAGUCUGGCCUCGGUUCUGAUGGGCACGGCGCUGGGGGGCAUCAUCCUGCGGUGGGUGCGGCCGCGACCCCGCUACGUGGCCGCCUACAACGUCUUCAUCACCCUCGUCCUCAGCGGUGGCUUCGCCUUGCUCAUGUUCAUCGGCUGCCCAUCGCUCAACGUGGUGGGGCCCGUCCAGGGGUCCCCGGUGCCACCCUGCUCGUCGAACUGCGGCUGCUCGGAUAGGUUCUCGCCCAUGUGUGCCGCCGACAACGUGACCCUCUUCUACUCGCCCUGCUACGCCGCCUGCAACGCCGUGGACACCUUCGCCAACCCUGUGGUGUUCAGUGACUGCGGCUGCUUCGAUAACUCCACCGCCCCCACCGCCGCCCAGACCUCCCCCUGGCUCUCCUCCUCCUCCUCCUCCUCCCUCACCACCUGGCCCACCUCCCUCAUGGCCGACCCCUCGGAGGGCGGCGGCGGCGGCUCCGGUGUGAGCGGGUACUGCCCUGACCAGUGCGAGACGUCCUUCUACUACUACCUCAUCACGCAGAUCGUCCUCAAGACCGUCUCCUCCACGGGCAGGGUCGGCAGCAGCGUCCUCCUCAUACGGUCGGUGUCAGACGAGGAUAAAGGCCUGGCUCUGGGCACCCUCACCGUCUUCAUCAGCCUCUUCGCCUUCAUCCCCGCGCCUAUCAUCAUGGGGGCUAUUAUCGACUCGUCCUGCCUGGUGUGGGACAAGACGUGUGGCCGCACCGGGAACUGUUGGCUCUACGACAGCGACAAGUUCAGGACCAUCAUACACCUGGUGCCGGCAGCCUUCAUCCUGAUAUCCGUGCUCGGUGACCUGGUCGUGUUGUGGUACAGUCACCAAAUGGACCUGUACGGCGAUAAGGAGGACGAGCUGGAGCUGCAUACGACGCCCCCGACGACGCCCACCACUCCCCUCACCCCCCUCACCCCCACCAGCACCACCACGACCAUCUCCGCCGACUCAACACCACCUACGCCAUCACCACCAGAACCACUGCAGCACCAGAAGCCCUUCCACCUCCAACCUCCUCACCCCCACCACAUUAAAAAGCAGGAGGAGAAGGAGGAAGUGGAAGAGGAGAAGGAAGAGGUGGAAGAGGAGAAGGAAGAGAUGAAAGAAGAGAAGGAAGAGGCGGAAGAGGAGUCAAGGCUUCUCGAUCAUCCAGUGUGAAGAGAUUAAUGGAUUGAAUGAUUGAUAGAUGUGUGUGCGUGUGUGUGUACGUGUGUCGCGCAGCCCACUCAACUCUCAUCGUCCAUCCUUCCUUUGGGGCUGGUCGAUAAAUGGGGACCUGGGGAAACCUAUAAUGAAACAAAAUUGUCGAGUCCGUUUUGGCGUUGGCUCCCGCAGGUCCAUUUCACCCCUCUGCUCUGCCACACAGUCCCAACACCUAUUUUUUCCUCUCAUAUGUUACCUAUAGCUUACAUAUGAGGGGAAGGGAUAGAUGUUGGGACUGUGUGGCAGAGCAGAGGGGAGGAAAGGACCCGCGGGAGCCUACGCCAGACCGGCCUCGACAUAUUUGGAAGACUAUAGGAAAGGUAAACUGUGGUAACCUGAGUGCCGCAUUUGCCCUGUAUAUCCGUGUCAUGGGUUAACCCCCCUCCAAGCUCAAGGUCCAAGGAGACGAAAAUGAGCACCAACGCAACUCUCAGCUUUAGCGUAAGCCUCCAAGUGUUACCUUCGUUAAGUGUGUAUGCGUUAGUGAAGUGCAUAGGAGGAGCCACACCAGCGAAAGGCGUCUGAAGUAGUUUGUGUGUUAACCAAAUGUGUGUGUCAAGUAUUUAAUAUCAGUCAAGGGCUAACGAAGAGGUACACAACCGAAGAGUGUCUGUGGUGCGUGAAGUGUUAAGUAAACGUGCUUAGAAAAUGUGUUAAGUGAGAAAGUGGACACAAGCGAAGGGUAUCUGUGCUCCAUGAAGUAAGAAGAAUACGUGUAAAGUGUUUAGUGAGUCAGUAAAGUAUGUACAAAAAUAUAUUUAAGCGAAAAGUGUCUUAAGUUCGUGAAGUUAAAUGUGUCUCAUUGAAGGUGCGUGCGAAGAGUUGCGUGCACAAAUCGGCUAAGCGUUUAAGUGAGUGCGUGCGUGCGUGAGUAGAAGUGGUGGAAACGAGAACUUUAGACUUGAGUGCAUGUGUGAAGUGGUGCUGACUCGAAGGAAAAAAAAUGUAUAAAAGUGCUUUCAAAUGGACUGGGUGAGGGAUCAACACUGUGCGAGGGAGUGUGCGUAUAACAAAGCGAGGGAUGAAGAUUGUGUGAACCAGUGAGCGUAACCUGGCGAGGGAUGAACCUAAGUCUGUAAAAAAUGAUGAGCAGAGUGUGAGCGAGUAUACAUAAUGUGAAGCGAUAUGCGUGGACCAGGAAGUGAAAAUGGAAAAAGAAUAGUUCAAUGGGUAUAAAUACAUUCUGUUGUUAUCCCCAUAUGUGUUUAAUGCAAUCUCCUGAAACUUCGUGUAUUUUUUGUGCCUAUGCGUUGUAAUGGAAGAAGAAGAAGAAAAAUAAGAAAAAGAAGAAAAAGAAGAAAAAGAAGAAGAAGAAGAAGAAAAAGAAGAAAAAGAAAAAGAAAAAGAAGAAGAAAAAUAAGAAAAAGAAGAAAAAGAAGAAAAAGAAGAAGAAAAAGAAGAAAAAGAAAAAGAAAAAGAAGAAGAAAAAUAAGAACAAGAAGAAAAAGCAGAAGAGGAAGAAGAAAAAGAAGAAAAAGAAGAAGACGAAGAAGACGAAGAAGAAGAAGAAGAGGAAGAAGAAGAAGAAGAUAAAGAGGAAGAACGCGAGGGAUGCUAUACAUAUACACUUUUUAUGAAUGGAAAGUUGAUAUAAGAGUUGUAGGACCAUGGUAUGAAAAUGAACCAAGACGCGUGGAUAAAGUUAGUAAAUGCACCUGUAUACCUAUGCAUAAAACAUUCCACUCUCAUUAGUGUGUAUAAAUAAGUAGUCUCCACUCUUCAAAUGGCACGUUCAUCUGGCAUUGCGAUUUACUUAUUCUGUCACUCAUUUGGAACAGUGCAUUAGUAGUGUAUUUAUCAUUCAUAUUCUUAUUCAUAUUAUUGUUAUUUACUAUUGUUAUCAUCAUUAUUGUUAUUAUUAUUAUUUCAUUAUUAUUAUCUAAACAUACAUUAUUAAUUUUCAUUUUUUUGUAUUUUCACCCACAAACCUGUCUUUAUCUUAGCAUCUGUACAUAAUAGAUAUAUAAAUAAAUAAGGAAAUAAG